AUUCAUUGUACAACAUGGAAUACGUGUCAGCCAGACUAAAUUAGUUUUGUGCCAACCAAAAAUUGAAAAUGCAAUUGCAUUUAGUGUUGCUGUUUCUAAUUACACUAGUGGUCGUCGAUGCACUUACAACUUAUGAAGAAGCGAAACGUUUACGUGAAAACUUGGUUAAUGCAAUGUUGAAACCAUUGCCCAAGGACGGAAAAAUACGAUUGAUUGGUGGUGACAACGAGUAUGAAGGCAACGUGGAAAUAUUUCACGACCGAAAAUGGGGAUCAAUUUGUGAUGAUGAAUGGGAUAGGAAUGAUGGAGUCGUUGCGUGCAGACAACUUGGAUACAGUGGCCUUGUUAAGGUAACGCACAACAGUUACUUUGGUACAGCUAGUCAAAAAUUUUGGAUGGACAAUAUGCUCUGUGAUGGAACGGAAACGAAACUAAAACACUGUCGAUUCGAUGAUUGGGGUAGACAUGAUUGCAACAAUUCCGAAGCAGCUGGGAUCGUAUGUGUGAAUCCAUUGUCAGCACAAAACAAUUCCAAGGAAAUUCGUCAGCGAAAGAAGGUACAUUUAGUUCGCAAUACGAAUGCGGAAGUUCGGCUAUCCGGAAGUAGUUCGAGUCAUGAGGGUCAAGUAGAGGUACGAUUCAACGGAUCGCUUUGGGGUUCCAUUUGCGCUGAUGGUUGGUCAUUGCUCGAAGCGAACGUUGUCUGUAAAUCACUGGGCUUGGGUUACGCAAGUGGAGCAGUGCAAACCGAGUACUUCGGUGGAGCUAAAUUCUCUAAGCUUUUGUUGAGUGGAAGUGAAUGUCGUGGCAAUGAAAACUCCUUCUUCGAUUGUGUGUUUGAUGAACCGGGAGAUAUAAAAUGUCCCGGACCGAAAAACCACGUUGCCGCCGUAGUGUGCAGUGAGAAGAUGUCAGAUCUGAUAUUUGAUCAUCUUGAACUGGAACAAACGGCUCAUCUUGAAGACAGAUCGCUGUAUUACUUACAGUGCGCAAUGGAAGAGAACUGUCUGUCAUCUCAGGCGUAUGUGGUGCGAAAGGAGAAUCCGAACUGGCACUAUGAAAGUAGACGAUUAUUAAAGUUCACUGCCAAAGUUUUAAAUGCAGGAACCGAUGAUUUUCGUUCGUAUAUACCGAAGCACUUAUGGGAAUGGCAUAUGUGUCACAUGCAUUAUCACAGCAUGGAGGUGUUUGCGGUGUUCAAUAUUUUAAAUGAAAAAAACGAAACGGUCGCUGAAGGACAUAAGGCUUCAUUUUGUUUGGAAGACAACCAGUGUUUACCUGAUGUUAAGCCCAAAUACGCCUGUGCCAAUUUCGGCGAUCAGGGAAUUUCUGUAAAUUGCUCGGACAUAUAUCGAUUCAAUAUAGACUGUCAGUGGAUUGACAUCACCGAAUUGGAAGUGGGAUCGUAUACCAUAAAAAUUUCCGUUAAUUCGGAAUUCAAAGUUCCGGAAAUGAAUUUCGAAAAUAAUGCUGCAGUUUGCUCACUUUUGUAUACCGAAACAUAUGCCAGAGUGUUCAAUUGCCAUCUGGAACGCCCCUAACAUGGGUUGUAAUAGACAUAUUAAAUCACGCAAUUCAUUUGAAGUAAAUAAAAUAAAAUUCUGUUGUCUAUCCAGAACCGAAAUGAUUGUUUAUCGUCUUAAUAGUCACGGGUCCUUCUUGUUCGAACCAUUAAAUAUCGAUGCUUCCGCUAUUCCGUCUACCGCCGAUAUUAUUUUCUUGACUCUUGUACAAUUCAAAAACUUUUCUAUUUACUUUUACAACAAUACCACCGGCGCCAC